AUGUCUUACGAGAUGUCACUUGCACUCGAAAGAAUAAUCAAGUUCUGCAGCCAAGAGGAGGAGGAAGGGAAGCAAAUUGGUUUCAACUACCACUCUCAAACUAAAGGUACCAUCGUAAUGGAAAAUUGCUCUUUUGGGUGGACCAACCACCAGAAAAAUUCAACACUCACAUCCAUAUCCUUGCACCUGGCGCCUCGGUCCCUUGUCGGGGUCUCUGGUCCAAUUGGGACGGGCAAGUCUGCACUCCUUGCAGCCAUUCUGGGAGACAUGCACUGCAUGAAAGGAGAUGUCAAAAUCACUGGCCGCAUUGCCUACACCCCACAAGUUGCCGACAUCUUCAACAUGACUAUUCGUGACAACAUUGUUUUCGGUAGCAGAUUCGAUGAUAUCCGCUAUGCCCAAGUUUUGAACGCAUGCGAGCUCAUUCAGGAUAUGCGAACUCUUCCAGCAGGAGAUAUGACGCAGGUUUCCGAAAGGGGAGAAACGUUAAGCGGCGGUCAAAAGCAACGUAUCGCUCUUGCUAGAGCUGCCUACAGUCGUUCAGACAUCUACCUUUUGGACGACCCCUUUAGCGCCCUGGACUCGAAAGUCGCAGAAAACGUCUUCGAGAAAGUUCUUGGAGAGAAGGGGAUACUUCGGCAAAAGACCCGAAUUUUAGUUACCAGCAAGGGCAGCUUGUUAAGGAACGUGGACCAAUUAUUACUCAUGCACAAUAACCAAAUUACUUGCUACCCAAAUGCCACACAGCUGGUUGCUCGUCACCGGAACUCCAUAAAGAAUAAAACUCGAGACACGCAUAUUACAUCUAACCAAUCGUCUGAGUCAAGGGUUAUCGUGAUGGCUGAUGGCGUCGUACAAGAGUUUGGACCCGUGGCUCAACUCUUGUCAAAUCUGAACUCGGCCUUCAGCCAUAUGGCGGGGAGUGACGGCAUGACGCAUUCAUAG